AAAAGAAAAGAUACAGAGACAAGUUUUCAAAAACGAUCCUUAACUUCACCCAACAUUAUGAGAAUCAGAGUAUCAGAAAAGGUCAAAAGUAAAACAACCCUCACAAGUAAACAUACAAUAAUCAUAAAAUGUGUUUUCUAAAAUUUAGUAAACAACUCGUCAUUUUCAUUCCGACCACACUCGUCAAACCGUACCCUAAAAUACGAGUACUUCAUCAGAAGAACAAGGUAUUUCUUGCCCUAUGCAAUAAACAUUCAAGCUUUAAGCAAUCACUUGGCUUUUACCUUUAUUCCGUAGGCUUUGGUAUAAGCCUGGCCAAGAAUCUUUACAGCAAAAAUAUGAAAGAAAACUGUAAAACAAGGCUAUGGGAGUUUUCAGCUGCUUUAAUUCAAUAUGACUGAUCUUCUAGGUAAUGGAAAUAUAAGGUAUAAACAAUAAUGAUAGCUUAUUGUAGAAACAAAACAUGAAAAACAAAUGAAAGUCAUUUGAACAUACUCAAUUGAUUAAGGUAUUAUAAACCUCUCUUAAGAGCUUGAGGUUCGAAUCUGUACCCUAUCCCUUUUUUGAACUAUAAAAAAGUAAAGACGAUCAUAUGUUCCAUACUUUAUUUUCAAAGAAAAAAUCCAACUAUCCUUUUCUCCAUAGAUUAUAUUUUCUUCAGUAACCCAAAAAGAGAUGACAUUACGGUUCCUGCAUGACAAAUGCUACAAAGAGGUGCUUGCUCUAAAUAGUUCUGUGUCAUACCAUAUUCCUUGUAACGAUCUUCAAUUUUUUUAAAGAUAAGAAAAAUGUAAAAUAACUGCAAAAACAAUAACAUUAUGCUCCUAUUUCACAAGCACCCACGUGGAUUUGACAGUACAGAGAAAAUAGGCUUAAAAAAACUUUCAGGCCACAUACCUGUAGCUACAGCUAUGCUGCUCGACCACAAUAAGGUGCCAAAAGUUGUCUCUAAGGUAAGCAAUUCUUAUUCUUCUCAAAAAAUAUCGGCAGCUCAGAAGCCCCAUGAAACUAAAAGGUCGCAGAUUUUGCUUGCAAUUUAAGCAUAUGUCGGGGAAGAUUGCUUCUUUCUUUUAUAUAUGUGAUAUUGCCUUCUGAAUUUUUAAACUUUGAUCUCAGUUACAUAAGACUUUUGUUUUCUGUAUUUCAAAUUCCUCAGACCUUUGUUUUACUAGUACACAUUUUUCUGGUUUUAGAGAUGGAGCUUUCUUCUUUUUGAAGCCUCCAAGCUAUAUCUUCAGCAGUUUUCGAGAAUUAUUCACUUCUUUUUGACGUAUAAAAGGAUCAUAAACAGAAGGCACUAUGCUCUCUGAGUUAGUUCAUGAAUUCCUACCAAGAAAAAUCAGUUCCCUGUGGAGUAACUAUGGCAUUGAGUUGCUCGUAUUGGCAAACUUGGUGUUCCAAAUUGUCUUAACUUUCAAUGGAAGUCGUAGAAGACACACACCAGGAUACAGGCUCAGCUUAUCUGUUUGGUUUGCCUACUUACUUGCUGCUAAAGUUGCAACCGUCGUUCUGGGCAAGCUCACGACAAUUGACAUAGGCCAUACCCAGCGCAACACGCAGACCCAAAUUCAAACAUUGUUGGCACCUUUGAUGUUCAUGCAAAUAGGAAAUCCAGAUACAAUCACAGCCUACUCAAUUGAAGACAAUCAACUAGGAGUGAGGCAAGUUUUCAGCAUGGUGAUCCAAGUGGCAAUUAUGUUUUACAUUCUUAUAAGGUCGUGGACAGAUUUCAAAACCUCGUUUCUUUACAUUCCUAUGUCUUUGGCUGGAAUAAUUAAGUAUGGUGAGACUUCGUGGGCUCUAAAAUCAGCACUCAGUGGCAACUUCGGCUUCACAAUAGCAGAUUUCUUCAAAUAUCAUGAAGUGGCUAGUUUGUUUGAAAGACUACCACAGGGAGACGAUGAACUUCCACAGGCAAGAUUGAUCCUAAGAGCAUACUAUAGAUUUUGCUGCCUCAAACCUCAUCUUGAGAAUUGGCUUUACUAUCCUCCAGCCGACUGUGAUCAUAAAAAACUAUCCAUUGAAGACUGUGAGUAUGAAGAGGUGUUCAAAAUUACAGAUUCUGAAUUGGGCUUCAUGUAUGAUGCGCUCUACACUAAGGCACCCGUUGUAUAUACUCGUAAGGGUUUAGUUCUUCGUUUUAUUAGCUUGAUCAGCUUGAUUGCAACAAUAUGUGGAUUUUCAGUCUUGUUCAAGGAUGCAUUUGUGUAUAAUGUUAGUAUUGGCUUGAUCCAUUUUGCGUUGACAACAUCUGUGAUACUUGAGGUUUAUCAGAUCUUGAGACUGCCAUUCUCAGAUUGGGCAAUAGUGCAGAUGGUAAGACACUACAAAACCUUUCCCAUCCUUCGGGGUUUAUUGCAGUCUCUAGCCCCUCAAUCAGCAACUUGGAGAAGGUGGUCUAACACAAUGGGGCAGUUCAAUCUUUUAGAUUUCUGCUUGCAAGCCAAGCAUCGGAAUUAUAGCAGAAUCAAAAUUCUUAGAUACUGGGGCUUGGAUAUGAAACUCCGAAAGCAAUUGAGUUUGGGACAAGUUGAAGUCCAUUCAAAAGUGAAAGAGCUUGUGGUUAAGGAACUGAGAGAGGUAGAGAAGAUCAAAGAACAAGAAGAAUUCACUAAAAGAGGUGAAUGGACAAUCAAAAGGUACCAAAAAGAACUCGGACUAGAUGAAGGAAGCAAAUUGAUCCAAGAACUUGCAACAACUAUAAGCGAGAGACCUUUUGAUAAAAGCAUCUUCAUAUGGCACAUCACAACAAAUAUUUUCUAUGACAACCCUGAUUAUCAUGAUACUACUGAAGGUACUAAAAUGCAUGCUAUCAUGAAUCUAUCAAAUUACAUGAUGUACCUUUUGGUGACUCGAUCCCACGUGCUAUCGACAACAACUGCAGAUAUCAUAUUUGACCAUUCGUGUGUGAAGCUCGGGAAGUUCACAAGAACUGGAGAUCGAAACUCAAAGAAGAAAGCCUGCAAUGAUCUUUUGAGUUAUGACGGUACCUCUCAUGCAAAGAAUGAGUCACAGGAACCACAUAUUUCCGCAUCAGAUGCAGAGAAAGUAGUUGUGGGAAAUUGGAAUCUGCUGAAAGAUGUAAAUGAACUUGCAAAUAGCUUACUCACUCUGACCAACGAAGACAAAUGGAAGUUAAUUGGUAGUAUGUGGGUUGAGAUGUUGGGAUAUGCCGCAAGUAACUGUGAAAUGGAAUACCAUUCAGAACACAUUAGACAAGGUGGUGAAUUGAUCACUCAUGUUUGGAUUUUGAUAGCCCAUAAUGUUACCAAAUACUGUACAUAUGAUUAUCAUGUGGUCGGUCAAGAUGAAGAAACUCCAGCUACUUCUCAUUAG